AUGAUAAAACAGAACCUGGGUCCAUCCACUCGCUCCAUCUAUCUGGGUCUGGCAUGCCUGUCCCUUGCUCUCCACCUCCUUCUGGCAUUUUUUUGUCUCUCUGUCCUCCAGACAGCCUGUGUCCUUCCCACCUCCUCCUCUUCCUCCAUUCCAACUAGAACAGAUACUCAGCACAGUCAGUCCAUCUCCCACUCCUCCUCCUCUUCUUCAGCUGCCUCCUCCUCCUCACAAAAACUGCCAACGAUCCCCCAGAGUGAAGAGCAUCACAAACUGAAUGCCAACACCUUCCACCAUAAAAAGAACCACUCAUUCAGCGAUCCCACUGAGAGGGAAAAGGAAAUGAUUGGAGCUGGAAAAAGUCAAAAGGUCAAGGGUCGUCCUAAGCUGGAGGAGCUGUUCAAGCACCCGCUGUACAACCUGCCGCAUCCGGAGCUGCAAGACGAUGAUUGGCUGCUGAGGGUGAAGACAAAUGAACAUGCGAGGGAUAGAGGAAGUGAGGAAGAAGAGAGGGAAGACGCCAUCGAUGAUGACAGUCAGUGGCAGAGUGACAGCGAGGAGGAAGGCUACGACAAAGUCUCUUGGACGAGGGAUGUGGAGACCCACCCUCCCUGGCUACGGUUCCACCUGGGCAUCUCUCGCCGGGAGCUGUACGACAGGAAGGAUCCCAAUCUGGCCCAGCUGACUCACUAUUUGGCAACGCAACGUGUCCUCGGUGCUGUUCAGAAGACAGGAGGCACCCAGCUCAAACUGCUCAUAUCGUUCCCAAACUACGGACAAGUUCUGCUGAAACCCAUGAGACAAUCCAGAGACGCAGAGACGGACAUAAACCUCUUCUACUUCUCCGACUUUGAAAGACACAACGCAGAGAUCGCUGCCUUUCACCUCGACAGAUUGUUGGGCUUCAACAGGAUCCCUCCAGUAGUUGGCCGACUCAUCAAUGUCACCUCAGACGUCAGAGAGAUUACCACUGACAAAAAGAUUUCUAGGACCUUCUUCACUUCCCCUGCGGGGAACGUGUGUUUCUACGGCCAGUGUGAGUACUACUGCUCAUCGGAGCACCCGGUGUGCGGUCGUCCGCAUGAGCUGGAGGUCUCCCUGGCUGCCAUGCUGCCUGACCUCGCCCUAGCUCCCCGCAGGUCCUGGAGGUCACCGUGGAGACGCUCCUACAGCCGCAUCAAGCUAGCACAGUGGGAGAAGGACCCGGCCUACUGUGACGCAGUGAAACAGAGGCCUCCUUACAACCACGGCACCAGACUGGUGGAUUUCAUAGACAUGGCUGUGCUGGACUUCCUCAUGGGUAACAUGGACAGACAUCACUAUGAGACGUUUGAGAAAUUUGGCAACGAGACUUUUCUGCUGCACCUGGAUAACGGACGGGCGUUUGGGCGUCACUCUCGGGACGAGCCGUCUAUUCUUGUUCCUUUGCAACAGUGUUGCAGGAUCCGUCGCUCCACCUUACUCCGCUUGCGCCUCUUGUCCCUCCCUGGCUUCCGUCUGAGUGAUGUCAUGCGGGAGUCGCUGCUCCAGGAUCCUCUGGCAGCCGUCGCCCCGCUCCUCUCCGAACCUCACCUCUCUGCUUUGGACCGACGCCUCGCAUUCGUCCUGCAGGUGGUGGAGGCCUGUCAGCAACAACAACACGCAGAUGUCAUUUACAACGACUUGGAAGGAUACGAGCCACAGCCUGACUGA